GUCACCUCCUCAUCCGCCUCGCCCCCCCUCUCCUCCCUCCCUCCCUCCCUCCCUCCCUCCCUCCCUUCCUCUUCAGGUCGCCCGCUGGCACUGGCGCUGGCCGAGUUGGGUCGGCAGUGGCGUUCGGAGGCGGCACAGCGCAUGCCCGAGGCUCGCGGCGACAUCCGAGAGAUCGUGGGUCAGCCGGUGUUCGUACCGCUCUUCAAGCUGUACCUCAUGUACGGCAAGAUCUUCCAACUGAGCUUCGGCCCCAAGCGCUUCGUGGUCAUCUCAGAUCCCGCCUACGCCAAGCAGAUCCUGAUGACUAAUGCGGAGAAGUACAGCAAGGGGUUACUGAGCGAGAUCCUGGAUUUUGUGAUGGGCCAGGGCCUCAUUCCAGCGGACGGAGAGGUGUGGAGGGCGCGACGACGAGCGCUGGCGCCCGCCCUGCACCGCAAGUACGUUGCCUCCAUGGUUGGCAUGUUCGGCGCCUGCACGACCCAUGGGACGGCCACGCUCGACCAGGUGGCGGCGGCGGGCGGCUCCAUUGACAUGGAGAACUACUUUUCCCGCCUGGCGCUCGACAUCAUUGGAAAGGCGGUGUUCAACUACGACUUUGAUUCGCUGACGCAUGACGACCCGGUCAUCCAGGCCGUCUACACGCUCCUCCGCGAGGCCGAGCACCGCUCCCUCACCCCGCUGCCCUACUGGGACCUGCCGGGCGCCGCGCUGCUGGUGCCCCGGCAGCGGGCAUGCAGGCAGGCGCUGGGGGUGGUGAACGACACGCUGGACCAGCUGGUGGCCAAGUGCAAGAAGCUGGUUGAGGAGGAGGACGCGGAGUUCACCCCCGAGUUCCUGUCCGAGCAGGACCCCUCCAUCCUGCACUUCCUGCUGGCCUCCGGUGACACCAUCUCCAGCCAGCAGCUGCGGGACGACCUGAUGACGCUGCUCAUCGCGGGGCACGAGACCACCGCCGCCGUGCUGACGUGGACGCUGUACUGUCUGGCGGGGCACCCCGAGGUGGCGGCGGCGGUACGGCAGGAGAUCGACAGUGUGCUGGGCGACCGCACUCCCUCCCUGGAGGACUUCCGCGCCCUGCGCCUGACCACCCGCGUGGUGAAUGAGGCCAUGCGCCUCUACCCGCAGCCGCCCGUGCUCAUCCGGAGGGCGCUGGAGGACGACACGUUCGACGGCUACACGGUACCCGCUGGCUCCGACAUCUUCAUCUCCGUGUGGAACCUGCACCGCAGUCCGCAGCUGUGGGACCAGCCGGACUGCUUCAAGCCGGAGAGGUUCGGCCCUCUGGACGGCCCCAUACCGAAUGAGGUGACGGAAAACUUCCGCUACCUCCCCUUCGGCGGCGGGCGACGCAAGUGCUUGGGCGACCAGUUCGCGCUGUUCGAGGCGCUGGUGGCGCUGGGGGUGCUGCUGCGGCGGUACGAAUUCAGCCUGGAUCCCAGCAAGCCGCCCGUGGGCAUGACAACGGGUGCCACCAUCCACACCACCAGCGGCCUCAACAUGCUCGUCAGGCGCCGCACUCCCCCACCGUCUCCCCAACAGCAGCAGCAAGAGGCGGUAGCCGCGGUUGCAGUUGCCCCCGCCUACGCCCUCGCUUUCAGCAGCGCCACAGCCGGCCCCAGCCCCGCGUCCAUGGGACCUUACGGUGCCACCCCGGCCCCUAGCAGCGGCACCAGCGGCGGCACUGGCGGCUGCCCCUUUCACGCUGCGGCAGCAGCUGGACCUGUUGGCACGGGUCUGGGGCUGGGUAACGGAGGUGUUGGGGUGUGAGACAGCGCUGCUGCCGCUGCCGCUGCUGCUGCUGCUGCUGCUGCGGGUGAGCACCGGGCUAGCUGCCUGUUGCCGCUGUUAUGAAGGCCUGAGGUGCCGAGACACGUUAACAGCUGUGAGCGGUCUGUGAGGAGGGCACUGUGAGGAGGGCACUGUGAGGAGGGCAGUGCGGGACAUGCAUUCAACAGGAAAGCGGCGGCGCUACCGGGACGGCGCUACCGGGAGGAUGCCGCGGGGGUCCGCAUCGUGCGGGUCGUCGCGAGGCGGUUGGGAGGCUGUUAAUGGUGGCAGGCGUGCCUUUCGUAACGUCCAUGUCGCGGCCACGGUGAUUGAGGUACAGGCCGCGGGACAUGUUGUGAAGUGGUAGUACGGCGGCGGUGUGUGUGUCAUGAGGUUGGUUAGCAUUGUGUGGUGGUGGUGGGGGGGGGCAGGUGGGAGGAGGAGGUGGAGGGGGAUAGCUGGGGGGAUGAAGGAAAGGAAACCAAGAACCCAGUGACAGCAGGGGUUCCGCCAUGGCAGCUGGGAGGGGAGGGGGCAGUGACCGGGAAGAGCGUCCUCAUGCGGCAGGUAGAGAGAGAGAGACUCUUCACGCGGCAGGUAGAGAGAGGGACACGGGGGCAGCGCUGGAACCCAGCUUGUCAACCCAGGGGCGCCAUGACGGGAUGAUGACGGGAUGCGUCGUGAUAACGAUGCGGAAGAAAUCGCGGUAUGACGGUGACGGUGACUUGGUGUGCGGGCUGAUGUGUUUUAUAGGAUUUCGGGCGGGGGCCCCGGUGAUGGGACUUACGGGCUUCCGGCUAACGGUGGCGGACACGCAUCUGCUGUCAUCAGCAGAUAAGGACGGCAGGUAAGGAUGAGUUGUUGUCCACAGAUGGUGGGCACCUGCAGGACGCCGUACACGGGUCGCGUGUACGGACGAGAUGCGAGACUGUCGUUGGCAAGAGGUCGCCCCUACGACGCGAGUCUGCCUGCAUCCGUGGUGGAGUUCGGAGAAGCGUCUGGUGUGCAGAGAAGGGUGUGAUGAGCGUAGGUAUGCAGGACCGGGCUUGAUGCUAUGCGUUGCGGUGUGUACGACAGGCAAGACGCAUGGAGGAGCUAAAGAGGGGAGAGAGGGGCGAGGCAGCAGGUGGGUGCUGCUUGGCGGCGUGCUGGAAGCUCGCUGGGGUAGUGGCUUACCCUGAGGCCCGUGUGACCGUUCAAAGGAUAACACUUGGAAGAUGGAGGAAACGCGGGUCAUCCGCGAACGACCAACGAACGAAUGAGUCCGGCCAUGCAUGGCGGUGAAUAAUUUGCAAUGACAUCAAUGAAAUCCAACGUUGGGAGACGACUAC